AUGUUGAUAUUUGAUUACAAUACUUCACAGAUUAUUCAAUCCAGUUCCAGUGAAGAUGAGAUGAUAGCAAGCACAUCUUACUAUGACAUAAGAGACUUAAUAGAAGGUGCUACAGAGACCGCUCAUUCAUCCACGGAGAAGGCGCCUUCGUCUACAGAGAAUGCAUCUUUGUCCAUGGAGAAGGCGUCUUCGCCUUCUGAGAUGGUUUCUUCCUCAGAGAUGGCUUCUUCCUUAUCCAAUUCUUCUGAAUGUUGUGCAAGUGAUGUGCAAAUGCUCAGAGAUGUUUUUCCCAACAUAGAUCGUCAGAAAAUUUCAGACACUCUUGUGACUUCUGGUAUGGAUUUGGAAAAGGCAAUUAAUAAGAUUCUCAGUGAAUCAGGUACUGUAUACAUGCAUAGAGCAUACUUUUACUGCAUUGCAUUUUUGAUGAUCGUCAUCAUCAAAUUACAAUAGAGUUGUGAAUAUAAUAUGGCCAUAAUAAUAAUAAUAAUAUUUCAAUUCAAUUCAAUAGACAAUCAGUUGUUUCAAAUAGUUAACAAGUCCGGACUUUCCCAUUCCUUAUUUCGAUGGCAGAAAAUGUAAUAAGUACUUCGAAUGGCAAUAGUCAUUUCCUAACAUUUCUAAGAAUGUAUUAUUACUUUACAUUAAGUUUUACAUUAAGUUUUAUAUUACAUUAUAUAUACAGUAAUAUAUAUAUAUAUACAGUAAUAUAUAUAUAUAUAUAUAUAUAUAUAUAUAUAUAUAUAUAUAUAUAUAUAUAUAUAUAUAUAUAUAUAUAUAUAUAUAUAUAUAUAUAAUCAUUUAUGAAGAAAUAAGACAUAAUUGUACUGGUACUCAUUUGUUCAAUCUUUGUAUUUCCUUGUUAUAGCUUCGGAAGAAGCUGAACGUAGUCAUGAAGAUAACAGUGAUGAUCCAGAGCUGGUACAGCAACUGGAUGAGCCACUGUCUCAUAGAUUUUUUUAUGAUGAUGAAGAUGGGUUGCAAUCUCUUCAAAAUUUUAUUUCCAAAGCAGUUAAUCCUUUUGGUCAGGAACUGGAUAUGUGCCUUGACAGGAACAAGGACAUAUUGGAACAAGCAGUAAGAAAGUACAAACAUCCAUCAUUUGAUACGACAAGGCCCCUCAACGUUGCAUUUCAAGAUGAGCCAGGAGUUGAUGCUGGCGGGGUGACAAGAGAGUAUUUUUCUCUCUUAAUGUGGAGGUUGGAGAACCAAACUGGUGCCCUUAAGUUGUUUGAGGGUACAAGUGGACAUCUGGUUACAAUGUAUAAUUAUGAUUACCUGUCAGGAGGGUUAUUUGUUAUGGUUGGAAAGAUGAUCUUGCAUGCUAUUCUAAAUAAAUGCAAUGGCAUGGCAGGAUUAUCUCGAGCAGCAGUUGCAUACAUCAUCAGUGGCAGUCGUGAUGCAGCUGUAGAACAUAUUGUGUUGGAUGAUAUUCCUGACCCAGUGAUGCAGGAUCAAUUGCGGCAGGUAUAUGGGCAUAGAAAAUGUAAAUGGUUGUUUAGUAUGCAUGCCUAAGCUGUGUGGAUUGAUGUAGUUCCAUCGUACUGAAAACUGUCAUAAAGUCACACACACGAACAAAUAAAACUUGUCAAUGAAAACUUGUUUGUGUGUACCGGACGUAAAGGUACUAUUAACUUUUGAAUGAAAAGACUAAAAGAGUGCGCACUGGUCAUUCUACAGUCUUUAGUUUGUUCGAACAUGGAUAAUAAAAUAAAUUAUCCAUGGUUCGAAUAGAUGAAUAGAAUUGUCAAGUUAGUAAAGCCGGUUAGUGUGAGGGCAUUAUUUUAAAAUGUGUUUGUCUCUUGAACAGCUGGAUCGGUCUACGAAUGAACAGCUCAGCCAAUUUACUACAACCGACAGCUCACUUGACUUAACCGAUCUUUUGAUGGCCGCUGGGUUCCCACACAUUACUGUAAGUCCAGAACGACAGCACUUGGCAUAUGAAUGUUGUCUAUUUUACGAAGUGAUCACAAAAAGAAUAGCAGCACUUGAUGACAUCAGAAAAGGUUUGCAGAGUGUGAAAGUUAUGGGCAACACAGCAUUAGUCCUUCUCUCAAAAUGGCCUGAAUUAAAAGAUAAGUUCUUUCCUAAAGCACAGUUUGAGGCAGUAGAUGCAGCCGCACUGAUCUCGCGUAUCUUCUAUGUCAUGGGUGAUGUCCAUGCAAACCACGAAGUACGAGCAUUCUUUGAGAGAUAUAUCAAUGAAGUAGCAGCCAGAGAUGGUAAGUUAUAUUUUCUAGUUUAUACUCUUUCCCAAUGCCUUUUCUGACACAUGGCAUUUCUUAAAUGAUGCAUGAUUAUCUUGGAUAACAUAGUGUAUAAUAUUAGACCAUUAUUAGUAUAGGAAUUGGCUAGGAAAUAUUAACCAACAUACCAUUUCGAUAAUUACGUCAUUUGGCGUGGGAGCCAGUCGCUCUCAUGUAUUGUGAGCCAAUCAGCUUGCAUAAUUUACCAAUGAGAGUCAUGCUCCAAGAUCAAAACGUAUGUGUGACCUAAUUAUCGAAAUGGUGUAUUGAGUGGCUAUGCACCCUAUUUUAUACUUUUAUUCUAUAUACAGUACUGCCAAGAAAUAACUUAUCAAAAACCGCGUCCAAGACGCGAGUAUCUUGCGUCCACUGUGCAUCCACGGGCGCCCGCGGGUGCGUCCGUCCUGCGGGCGCCGUGCGUCCAUCGUGCAUCCACUGUGCGUCUGCGGGCGCUUGCGGGUGCGUCCACUGUGCGGGCGCCGUGCGUCCGCUUUGCGUCUGCGGGCGAGGACGCAGCUGAGAAAGAGUUCUAUUCGUAGAUCAUCGGAAAUUAUCGUGUUUCGCUUUUCAUAAACAAACUAUGGGCGUCGGAAAAUAUUCAUGUUAGCGAUUUCACACCACGUUUUUUAUGCUUAUACACCAGCGUUACAGACCUAGAAUCCUAGAUAUUUAUAUUUCUAAUAUUAAACUUACCAUGAAUUUUCAGAAUUUGUGCUUCGUAAAGUUCCUUUUCGUAUUUGAUCUCUACUUUCGCACCUUCGUAUAACGUUUGGUUUAAACCCAGUAAUCUUUUAACGUUGCCGGUUGGCAAAAUGCACAUAUGGUUUUAUAUCUUCUUCGAAGAAACCCAAAAUACGUUGACAAGUAACCGAUCGAUACCUCAUUUUAUUAGUCUGAUAGUAAUACGAAUCGAGUGAUAUUAGUCUGAGCUCUUCACUUCAGCUUUAGCGAAUUAUACUGCAACUUUGAAAAUCAAGCGAUGAGUCACAGUCAUUGAACCGUGUUGAAACACAAAGACUGUUUCCUGGACAUGUAAAGGUAUUCCAUUAAGGGAUUAAGAAAAGUCAUUUAUCCAGAAAUUAUAUGGUAAUUAUCAAUUUAUAUGACAUCUCACCAUGUGCAUUUGCUGCUUUGGAAAAACAACACAAACUUGUUGCUGUAAAUAAAGUUAUAUAGUGGCUCGUAGUAAUGGUAUUUUAUAUGAAAAGUCAAAAGCACUAUAAAUAUUGUAAAUGAGCAUCUUCGUUUUAAUAUCCUGACGAGUAACGGAGACAUAACAUUAUUCAAAUACAGAAUUGCAUAUCAACUAAUCGGUAAUCUUCUACGAGGUAAGUCAGAAUUUGAGUAGCAAAUGAAUAUGUUGCGAGAUAUAUACUCGUUGUAUAGUCGUGAUCUCACUGAGUUUAGUAUAUGUGUCUACAUUAUAUUUAUAUAUAGUUUAUGUCUAUUUUGCACUCCAAUAUACAGUCAUAUACGCUUCAAUCGCCACUCAAGUACGUGUGAUUGCAUUGUGAAAGCACUACGCUUACUGUAGUAUAACGUGUAACAUUAUAAAAUGGUUAUACUAAGUGUAACGCUUAGGUUCAUGCAAUGAAACUCUAUUUCAGAUUAAACUUUGUAUUCUUUGCUUCUCCGAUCAGCGACACACUGACACUGAUCUGUAUUCUCACGACAAACUACGAGUAUGAUGCAAAUAUUAGUUCGUUUUUCCGAUUAUGUUACGACGACUGCGUCCAAGCGGACGCAGUUUUUAACUGGAGGCCGGACGCGGGCGCUUUGGAGGCAGGACACGGGCAGAGUAGACGCAAGACGCGGGCGUCGUGGAGGCUGGACGCGGGCGCUCUGGAGGCAGGACUGGAGAUAACUGGGAGGUUCGUUCAAAAAGAUGUUCUUAGCAAACUGAAUUGGCAACCACUAAACCAGAUAAGAUUGGUUAAGACACUCUUGUUUAUGCGCAAAAUUCUAAAAAAGGAAGUUCCUACAUCAAUAUCAGACCAGUUUCACAUUUCGGUAAACGAUCAAUACAAUCUAUGUAGUAAUUUUACUAUGUUGAAACUGGCAAAACCAAGAACAAAUGCACUGAAGCGUAAUUUUAGCUACCAUGGUGCAAAAACUUGGAAUAAUUUGCCAACUGAAUUGAAAAAUCUCACGAUCUCUGAGAGAGUUUUCAAAAAUAAAUUACAAGAUUUCAUUCGCGAAAAUAAUUCAUUUUUGAACAAUUUUUCAAGUUGCCAGUGACUGCUAUAAAACAUCUUUUUCAAUAAACUGUUACUUAGAGUGUAUGUUUUUGUGGGGUUUUUAUGGAGUAUUAUAAAUGUAAUAAUGUCUUGUUUAUGCAUGAUAUUUACUAUAAUUUAGUGCAAUUGUUGUUCUACUGUUUAGCUUAAAUUUCUACACGGCCUUAUGAAAAGCAACCAUUUUAAUUAUUUGAAACUUUAUUACUAUCAGAAAACUCUAUAUAUUUUUAGUAAAAAAUAGGUUGAUAAGCUACCGUGUAUAAAGAAUUUUAAAUAAUAAUAAUAAUAGGACACAGGCAGAGUGGACGCAAGACGCGGGCGCUCUGGAGGCAGGACGCGGGCAGACGCGGGGACAAGUUAUUUCUUGGCAGUACUGUAACUCUUAUAGUUAUACUUUGUUAGGGAUUUUUACACAUUAGUGACAUUACUAUUAACAAGAAGUUAAAUAAGUCUCAAGUCUACAGUGAAAUACUAAUUGUGAAAGUAUAAACUAUGGCAUACCAUUCUUCACAUUUUACUUAAUUCUUGCAUGUACUUGGUUCCUAUCUUAAUUUUAGGUGACCAAGAGAAACUAACCGAUCUGCUGCUGUUUUGGACAGCUUAUCACACCCUACCUGCGGAUGCCUCUGCAAAACUCACUGUCCAGUUCUUGCAGGAAGAUCCGUCAAAGUUUUUUCCAGAGGCAAAUACUUGUCCAAUGGUGUUGUUAUUGCCGACCAUCCACAAGGAAUUCCAUGCCUUUAGAGUAGCUAUGGACAAAGCUAUCUCAUUUGGGAAACGUGGCUUUGGAAAAAUGUGA